UAUAACAUGAAUGUGACGUGUAUAUGUCUAUAUGUAAACAGUAUAACAUGAAUGUGACGUGUAUAUGUCUAUAUGUAAACAGGUUGCCUGCCUAGUAGAGAGCGCAGAGUAGGCUACUGUAGUAUUCGAGCUGCUACAUCAAUUCUCGAGUUUCUACAUUAACAUGGAGCCUAGGCUUCAAGCAAAUAUGACUCAUUUCAUUUUGUAUCCGUUGGCCUUACUAAUGAUGACCAGGUACCACCGAAUUUACAAAAAAACAGCCGCUAUAUGUAGUUAGUAUCAUCCAUACUUCACUAUUGGUACGGUAAGACCAAGAGUUAGCUUCAUGUCAUAUCAUUCAUUUUCUGCUUUGCUCGACGUGCUGAGACUAACCUAAUUAUAGUUGCAUAGUCUUUUAAUUGAAACAAAAAACCUCAGAGCUCAACCAGUAUCCCCACCCCUACCACGUGCUCAUUCAACUUUUCAGGAAAUGAUUACUUGAUUUAAAAAAAAUAAAAAUAAACCCUACUGACUGGAACUGUGGUAGAUCAUCUGUCACCUUCACAUAGCAACACACUGCUCCUGUACUACUUCCACUGCUGUGCUGGUCAUCGUUCAAUGCUCAACUGUUCAUGCUGCAAAAGAGGCAGGAGAGCACAGCAUCCCACCUCCCUCACUAUAAGGAAUGAUGAUACGUGCUUCAUGCGUUGCCCUACUGCUGCUGGUCAUUCUACAGACGCCACAAGAGAGCACAGCGAGCUGUUCCUCCCCAACAUCGCUCUGCUGUCUGGGCCAAAACAACUCAUGCCAUCGUAACCCCUGCUUUUGUGACGAGUACUGCCUCACAAACAAAGACUGCUGUUCUGACUACAUUCAGACUUGUAGAUCACCCUUUUCACCUACUAAUACACCGCCAGGCACUUCUGCACUCACACCUGAAGAUGCCAUCUCAACAACUCCACCACUAACCAGCAGUCAGCUACCAACAUCCAGCACAGACCAUGAAACACCCGAGGAGCCCUCGGCUGUUAUGGAGAAGCCAAAAGAGAUCACUACACCGCCAGGCACUUCUGCACUCACACCUGAAGAUGCCAUCUCAACAACUCCACCACUAAACAGCAAUCAGCUACCAACAUCCAGCACAUACCCUGAAACACCUGAGGAGGCCUCGCCUGUUACGGAGAAGCCAAAAGAUCCCACCAGAGUCAUCAUGAGAGUGAGAGGCUUCCUGCACACAAACACGGGAGAGGAGGCAGUACUGGAGGCCUUAAGGAAACUGGUCUCUCUUCUAGAGAACAAACUGAAGGAUCACUGUACUGACUGCACAGUACAGAUUCUGAAGCACAACAUGACCACAAAUUAUCCUUAAAUGAUCCCUGUUAUAAACAUGGUGUGAAGAGACUGUAACACACAAUGCACAUUAAUAAACAGUACCGACGGUAAGGAAGUUUGAUUAUUAAUAUUCGAUAGCUGGAAGAGCACCAGAUAAAUGCAUUUCUCACUAGGUGGCAGCAACGAGCUUCUGCGUGUGUUAAAUAAUCUUCUAGAGUAUUUCGGCUAUUUUAAAUAACUAUUUCAUGUGUUUAUUGAAAUAAAGAAGCAUCAAAACAAGAAUUCGACUUGUAUUAUGAAGGCAAGCGGCGGAUAACAGUGGAGAGGCGGUGGUAGUUUAAAUGCGUAGGCCUAUUUUAUAGAUGUUCUGGAGGUAGCACAAUUAACAAACAAAAAUGUAUGUUGGCCUAUAUAAACCGAAAGCCAAAUUGAAACUCCUUUUGGGACACAUGCCUCCAAUUUCAUCUAUUGUAGGCCUACUUACCUUUUGCGAGUCCAAUCAUUUCAUUUCACAAUAGCCUAUAGAGUAAAACAAAAUGUUAAAUUAGAAGCAGGAGCUCAAAGGUCUCACUCACCUAAGUUAGUUUAGACCGUUCCCUUGAUCUUUAGCCUAAUACUACUGUCGCUUGGUAGCCUAAACAGGCUAUGGAUUCAUGUUUGUUGAGUGAGAUAGCACUUGCUAUAGCCAUGGGCUUCGCCAUUACUUCAAAGACACUCGGAAGGAUAGACCAAAUUAGGAAAGGUCGAGCUCUUGAACUCAGGAUGCUCUUUUUGACCCAGGAAAUUUUGUUGUCUUCAUGUCUGGCUGCAAACCCCGUGAAUCCUAGCAGUCACUUAACGUAGUUGAUAGCAUCCGAAAAUAUCCCGCAUGACCUAAUUUAAAACUGGAGAUUGAGGCUAUAGCCUAGUUUAGUUGUUCAUGCUAUUAGUUUGUUGCACAGGUCUACUUGCAGUAACCUGAAAGGAAGCUCGGAUCAGCUCUGAUGUGUCAGGUUCUACCGUUCUGUACACAUUGCUACGGUUUUGAGCAAGUAGGUGGCCACACCUUGAAGUUCCAUUACUAUAGUUUGUUGCUAUCUCCUAACCAGCAUUCUUGUCUUAGUGUAUCUGUUCCUGAGUCACACACCCACGGUAAUGGUCUGCCUGUGCUGCUGAGAAGUACACACACAUACACACACACAAACAUACGCACACACAGAAACACUCACACACAAACACACACACAAUCACUUUAACACUCUGAGUUUCCCAACACGCAUGCUGCACUGAGCUCUAAGUGGAGUGAUAUGAAAUGCCAUUAGACUGGUGAGUGCAUUCUCCGGUGCUCAGUAGAUGUGUAGCAGUGCUCACAGGAGCAUCCAUCCUCACUACUCUGGCCACUCCCUUACUCAUUAACUCAUUCACUCACUCAUUCAAACAUUUACUCAUUCACUCAUUCACUCACUCAUUCAAACAUUUACUCG